CUCUCCCUGCUGUUGCUGCAGGGUGGGCACUUUGAUUUGCUUUCAGUCCUCUUCAGCCGUCGCCGCCGCUCACAUAAACAUCUGCAGAGGAGCAAAGCAGUGAAUUAUCAUCUAACCUGCAGAGACGUACAGCCUGAGGUCUUCCUGGAGGGGGUUUCUGCACCAACAAUGGCUGAGCGUGAAGAUGUAGGUUCAAUCAAAGGGGAACCAGCCACACUUGCUACAGACAUGUACCCUAGAAAAAUACUGGAGUACAUGGAAGGCUUUCUAAUCUCCAAGACUGUGUUCACCUCCUGUGAACUGGGUGUGUUUGAUGUGCUGCUGGCUGCAAAGCGUCCGCUGUCAGCGGAGGAGAUCAGUCAGGCGGUGGGAGCCAGUUUGGAUGGGAUGCAACGGCUGCUGGCUGCCUGCACAGGCCUGCAGCUCCUCAAAACACACCAGGACCAAGGACAAGUUUUUUACAGCAACACAGAGCAAUCCAGAGUCUUCCUCACUCGUUCCAGUCCUUUGUCCCUCUACCAGUCCAUCCAGUACAGCUCCAGGACCAUCUACCUCUGCUGGCACUAUCUUACAGAUGCUGUUAGAGAGGGAAGAAAUCAGUAUGAAAAAGCUUUUGGAGUCAGUUCAAAGGACCUGUUUGAAGCUCUCUACAGGUCAGACGAGGAAAUGGUGAAAUUCAUGCACCUGAUGAAUUCCAUCUGGAACAUCUGUGGCAAAGACGUGGUCACGGCCUUCGAUCUUACACCUUUUAAGGUCAUCUGUGACCUUGGAGGCUGCAGUGGGGCAUUAGCCAAGCAGUGCACGUUGGCCUACCCAGAAUGCUCUGUGACGCUCUUUGACCUCCCCAAGGUAGUUCGCGUGUCGAGGGAACACUUUGUCUCAGAGGCUAACCAGAGGAUCAGCUUCCAGGAGGGGGACUUCUUCAAGGACUCUCUUCCUGUGGCAGAUCUUUAUUUUCUUGCCAGAAUCCUCCACGACUGGACAGACGAGCGCUGCAUAGAGCUUCUGUGCAGAAUCUAUAAAGCCUGCAAACCAGGUGGUGCUGUCCUGUUGGUGGAGUCGCUGCUAAAUGAAGAUGGGUCUGGCCCACUGACAGCACAGCUCUACUCCCUGAACAUGCUGGUGCAGACGGAGGGCAGAGAGAGGACGGGUGCUCAGUAUGCUGCCCUGCUGGCUGCCAGCGGCUUCACAAACAUCCAGCAACGCCUCACUGGAAAAAUCUAUGAUGCGGUUCUGGGUCACAAAGAAAAGAGCAAUAAAGAUAAAUAAUACCACCUUAUAAACAUU